UCCGUUGCUAUGCUGCAGGCCGAGGCCUGUCCUCCCAGUGCUGCUGAGGGAAGGCGGGAAGAAGUAGCGGACGUUGCGGUGACAAGACAGGCGCUAGGCUUCCCCAGGGGCCAUGGCGAGCAGCCUGCGGCAGGUGGCCUUGCUGGGCGCCGCGGUGGCCGUCGCCGGAGGGGUGGCCUAUGCCGCCUGGAAGAGCUACGCCUCCGCCCCGCCGGCGCCCCUUUUCCUGGAGGCCAAGGAAGAGGCCCGGCUGGAGGGCGCCCCUCCGCCUCAGGACCCGCAGGAUAAACCUCCUGGGAGGCAAAUCUUGGUUCUGGGACUGGACGGGGCCGGAAAAACCAGUGUUCUCCAUUCACUGGCAACUAACCAAGUAAAGCGCAGCACAGCUCCCACAGAAGGCAUCAAUGCUGUGUGUAUUAACACAGAGGAAACCAAAAUGGAAUUCCUAGAAAUUGGGGGUAACGAGACAUUACGUGACUAUUGGAAGAUGUACUUGCCAAAAGGCCUGCUGCUAAUUUAUGUUGUGGAUUCAGCUGAUCAUGAACGCCUACCAGUUGCUAAGAAGCUUCUUCAUCAGCUUGUCCAAAGUAACUCCACCUUGCCUGUUAUGGUUCUGGCCAAUAAGCAGGAUCUUGGAAGCGCAUACUGUAUCACGGACAUUCAUGAGGCUUUGGCAUUAUCCGAACUUGGAGAUGAGAGAAAGAUGUUCCUUAUUGGUACUCAUGUGGCAAAAGAGGGCUUAGAGAUCUCUUCUAGCUUGAAAGACACACGGGAACUGAUUUCACAACUAGUAUCAGAAUCUCUGUAAUAGGAAAUGGAAUGAGUCACCGCAACAGGGCACACCAGUAUUCUUGUAUUGCCAGUCAAUAAAUUCAGAUCUGGCAGUUAUCCUCAGGUAUGUUAUUCCAAGGAAGAUGAUUGAUGACUUUUAAAUUGGGAAAGACCAUUUUAAAAAUGUAUUUAUGUUUAUUUGAAACAUAGCACUGUCUUUGAAAUGUUGAACAAAAGUGGGAUUAAAUUUUUAAGGAAGCACAUGCUGCUUCUGUAGGUAACUGUUGAUUUUAGCUGAAGCUGUAUACGUGCUAAUUGAGAAGCUGGAAGCAAAGUAUAUUAAUUUACACUGAAGGAUGUAGCAUAAAGAAGCAAGGACUAACUGUAUGCAUUCAGAGAGACAUUUCUGUUUCUCAAUAACUCCAUGGCUGUUUCCUCUUAGAUUUGUUUUCUUAAUUGGAAAGCUGUUUCCUAUUACAACACUCCUUUGGUGUAAGUGUACACACUGUAUUCUUAUUUAUUAAUGUGCACUAAGUAAUACUGAGCAGGACACUGGAUUCAGAGAGAGCUGGAGCUAAUAAUUGGGAAUAAGGACAUAAAUAGAUAGUUGCAUCCACCUUUUAGAGAGCUUUUAAUAUUCCAGGUAUUCAGAUAAGAUCCCAGUUUGAUUGCCCAUUUCUCUCUGCAGUAAAGGGAUCAAUGUACAGGUAGCCCUAUCCACUUCCUACCCUUGUCAAUGCCUCACAUUUCUUUCUGGAAAUGGGCAUACUUAUUUCUGAAGCUUUUUGGUAUUCCAUUUUCAUAAGCUGGAAAAUGAUGCUUUUCCUGUAGUUAAGUUUCUUGUGACAUACAGCACAACUUCCUUAUGCGUUGGACUGAUACCCAUGGUUUUGUUUGUCCUCUAGACAUUUUCUAAGUCCUCCAGAGUGACUCUGUGCUGUUCUUAGGCCAAAGUUCUCUAUUAUAAUAAUGUUUGCUGUUAUUUACCGUUUUGCAUAUCCACACAGUCCAGGAACAAGUCACCUGUAGAGAUGGGAGUCAUAGUGUAACUGUGGUCUGUGGGAAGAUGUUGAUGAGCAAGAAGCAGUCCCACAAUAUGUUGUCAAAGGCUUUCAUGACAGGAAUCACUGGUUUGCUGUGAGUUUACCAGGCUGUAUGGCCAUGUUCCAGAAGCAUUCUCUCCUGAUGUUUCGCCCAUAUCUCUGGGAGGCAUCCUCAGAGGUUGUGAGGUCUGUUGGAAAUUAGGCAAGUGAGGUUUAUAUAUCUGUGGCACUGCAGACUAAUUCAACCAGAGUUGGUCUCCAGAGGCAUAGGGUUCCUCAACACUGCAGACUCAAUGCAGUUGAACAUGGCAAGCACUACAGACUUAUUCAACCAGAGAAGUCAGCCAUAGCAGAGCGCCUGAUGAACCAACCUGGACACAGCAUAUUAUUUGAGAACACAGAAAUUCUGGACUACUCUAACAGACACCAUGUCAGACUACACAGAGAAGCCAUUGAAAUCCACAAGGAUGUGGACAAUUUCAACAGAAAGGAGUAAACCGUGAAAAUGAACAAAAUCUGCCUCCCAGUAUUAAAAAAAGCUCUAAAAUCAGGGCAAUAAAUAAAGACAACACUCAGAAAACAGGGAAAUUCCAGAAAGGAAACAAUCAGGGCCGGCUAACACCAGCCCCAGGAAGGAAACAGCCAGACUGAAGCUGCAAGGCAAUUCAAUGCUAAUCAAGGUGGCCAAUUGCAACAUUCACUUUUGCCUCAGAGAAGAAUUCUUUCUCCCAUUCUGGAUCUUCCACUGAUAUAUCAACCUUACUUGCCUAGUUUCCAACAGAUUUCACCACCUCCGAGGAUGCCUUCCAUAGAUGUGGGUGAAACGUCGGGAGAGAAUGCUUUUGGAACAUGGCCAUACAGUCCAGAAAACUCACAGCAACCCCGUCCCACAAUGCUUUUGCAUUUUCACAAGAAUCUUGUAGGAAUUGCACUACAGGUUUUAAGCCUGCUGUGAAAGCUCUAACGGAGUAUUACUAAUAAGAAAAUCCAAUUAUUUGGCUGGGCAGUGGCAAGAUAAGAGAAACAGGCACUCCAAGGAGUCACAGGAGAAAAUAAUGCAAAAAGAGUCUUGCUUCUCCUGAGAACCCAAGGGGAGGAGGAAUUGUGAAGCCAAGCUUGACCAUUUCACUGUGUAACAAAAUUUGAAAAAGUUUCUGUUCCUGGUUUGAAAGUGUUAUUUCCUGUUUAAUUGUGUGGUAUUUACUUCUAAAGUAGUUGUCUACUCCAAAAACUUAAUUUUUUUGGCUGCCACAAACUAUGUUGAAUUGGUUGAGAUUCUAUGAAAUAUUCAUUGAGAAACUAUAGCAAAAUGUGCUAUAAACAAAAAAAACCCAGUUUUUGCAGUUUAAUAAACCUUUUCCAUAUUUUCUUUUGAUAGAAUCAAUUAAGAAAUUACAUUUAUAACUUAGGAACAAAAAUCAUACAACAUAGUUUUCAUUCUAAAUUAUAUAGGGCAGGGAGAACAAUCCAUUUCUUCUUUUUAAGCAAUCCAAACUCAGUGAAGUCGACAUAUGAACAACUCUAGGUGGAAAGGGAGAAGAAAUUCACCUUUCAUCCAUUGUCUCCUCCAAAGUAGCUGCCUGUCUUUCAGCGUUUCCCUUAUUAAAAACAUAAUUUUAAACAUUUUUCAUUAAUAUGGUUGUGAAUCCAUGUAGCUCAAACUCUGGAUGUUUAGGAGUAGCAACCUUUUUUUCCGAAACCCGGUCUUUUCUCUCUCAGGUUUCUCCUACAUUGUCCUAGGUUGUGGGGAACUCUGAAAGGGCUGAAUGCUUUGCAGUCCUCUUUUUGCUGCCAGAACAAAUAGAAAUGCAAGGUUUAGGGAGGCCAAUGCAAACACAAAGCACAUCCUUUUGGUGAAAAUUUUGGGCAGAGGAGGAUUUCCUUGCUCCUCACAUUUUCUCAUUUUUUAAAAAACAAUGUUUAAAUACAUCAGUCUGCUGCUAUAUUGAGUUUUAUUUGAAGUUCUGAAAUAAAAUAAAAUACCUCAAGCACAUAAUCUGCCUCUGUAAAGCAAAGCUCAUGCCAGACUUCCCCUUUUCUCCCAGUUCCUUCAUGAAUUUGUCAAGUGGUAUUAAGAAAACAGAGCAAAGGAUACAAAGAGUGACAAGGUAAAGGCAAGGAAAAAGCACUUCUUGCCUUGCAGGAAAACUCUAUACCUUUCAGUUUUCUUUUUGUAACAGUAGAAACAGUACAAAUGUUUUCUAGGGAGUUUUUUUCCACUUGUAUGCUGAAGCAGUUCCUUUCUAUAAAAUCAGAAUAUUUUCAUCCUA